CUGAAAUUCCCGAAAGCAGCUAGCAGAGUGAUCCUUUGCGUUAUUUAUUCUAUUCCACAGACCACAAGCCUCAAACCAUGUUGUCCAUUCUGCGGAAAGCUCGCCUCAAGGAUAAGGAGAUGCGGAUCCUAAUGCUGGGACUGGAUAAUGCGGGGAAAACAACUAUCGUCAAAAAGGUCAUGGGAGAGGACGUUAAUACGGUGAGCCCGACGUUGGGCUUCAUUAUCAAGACGAUCGAUUAUGAGGGGUAUAAGCUCAACAUCUGGGAUGUGGGUGGUCAGAAGACGCUCCGUUCAUACUGGAGGAAUUACUUUGAGAAGACAGAUGCCCUGAUAUGGGUUGUGGACGCAACGGAUCGGUUGCGUAUCGAGGACUGCAGAGAUGAGCUGCAGGGACUUCUCUUGGAAGAGCGUCUUGCAGGAGCAAGCCUCCUCGUGUUUGCGAACAAGACGGACGUUGAAGGAUGCAUGACGGAACAGGAGAUCCUCUCGGCACUUCAACUGGAGUCGAUAAGGACUCAUCGUUGGCAUAUUCUACCAUGCAGCGCCAUGACUGGUAGCAACCUAAAGGAGGGAUUAUCAUGGGUUGUGGAUGACGCCAAGAAGCGCCUUUUCCUAUACUAAGCUAUCUACACAACUAGCAAGCAAGGAAAACGACUGUUGACACGAGCAGUUGAAAGCUGAAAAGUCCACCCACCAUUACGUGCAUAGCCCGAAAACGAUAGAUGGGCUCGUUACGCCGGGCAACGGCCAAACUCAAACGGAAAGCUUUUUCUGGCGCCAGACGCGAACGACAGGGAACAAGCCAGCGGCGGGCGGAUGGGCACAUUGAAAGCGGCACAUUUGUACACUGCCGCAACGUCGCAUUCCCGAUCGACUGGAGGAAGAUCUGAGAUGGGAUUCGCCUUUUUUUCCUGAGGGCAGUACCUAGACUAGGUAGAAUCUGAGAUGGGGGGGCAAGGUUUCACCGGAUUUGAGAGCGUGGUGGAGGUGGAGCGUGGUCAUGGAUGGGAUAAUGGAUGUAAACAAAUGACGUUCUUGGUUUUGUUU